CGAUUUUGCUUCCGGGUUCUGGUGCCGUCCUUGCCAGACUCCUGCAGCUAGCGCUUGGCUUUUCCAGCACCGGCUUCUGAAGCACCAGAAACUUUCUUAGCGUCCAGCUUCUACAAUGCAUAGUGGUCAUCAACAAACAGCGCCAGUAGCUCCCUAGGUAACCCCCUGGGGAGGUUUCAUAUUUUAGCGUCCCCAAUGUGAACAGUUUUCUCCUGCACCCAAGAUGGUGGAUUUCUGGGAAGUUCCAGAGGGCAGAUUUCCACUAAAUUCUAGAGGAAAUCAGACAUUUCCAUCAUCUUUCACUGUGUGCCCUUAACAGGUGUAUCAUCCUCUCUCCUCUAAAGAAAGUCAUUCUGUGCUUUGAGAAGAAACAUUCUGCAGGGUUUGAGCAUGGCUACCAUGGCUGCUACCUCUCCUCUGAGAAACCUGGAGGACGAGGUGCUGUGCUCGAUCUGUCUUGACUACUUGAGAGACCCUGUAACCAUUGACUGUGGUCAUGUCUUCUGCUACCACUGCAUCAUUAAGGUCUGUGAGUCUGCUCGGCAGCCAUUAUAUUGUUCUCUCUGCAAGACAGCCUUUAAGAAAGAGAAUAUCCGCCACGUGUGGCAGAUGGCCAGCCUAGUGGAGAACAUCUGGAGGAUGAAAGUAGAUGAGGAGAGACAGCCCAGAGAGGAAAGGCCAUCUGAGCAAAGAGCAGAGAAGCUGUGUGGGCAGCAUUUGGAGAAGCUCCAUUACUACUGCAAGGAUGACCAGCAGAUACUGUGUGUUAUGUGUCGGGAGUCCCGGGAGCACAGGCACCAUGCUGCCGUUCUCCUGGAGAAGGCUGCACAGCCUUAUCGGGGUAAAAUCCUAAACCAUCUGAAGAUUCUGAAGGGAGACAGAGACAGGAUUCAGAAUUUUCAGUCUACGGGAGAAGAUGAGAUUCAGGCCCUGCUGGCAAAAUUCCAGAGCCACAAGCAAGACAUAGCAUCAGUGUUUGAACAGGGCCAUCAGUUCCUGAGAGAAAGGGAGCAGUACCUGUUGGAGUGGCUGGAGGGGAUGGAGCAAGAGCUCACUGAAGGGAAGAACAGCCAUGUCACCAGGGGCUCUGAAGAGGUGGUCCGGCUUGGAACCUUGAUUUCUGAGUUAGAGAAGAAGGCUCAGCAGCCAGCACUUGAACUUUUGCAGGACCCAAGUGACAUAAUAAGCAGAUAUCCCCGGAAGAAGUUCUGGAUUGAAAAGCCUAUCAGUCCUGCAAUCAAAAAGCGGACAGAAGAAUUUUCAGAUAAACUUCUUUCUUUAGAGAAAGGACUCAGAGGAUUCCAUGGAAAACUGAUAAGGGAUCUGGAAUAUAAGACAAUGAGGAUCAUCCUGAAUUCCCAGACAGCCAAUGGCUACCUCUCAGUGUCUCCGAAUGGGAAGAGUAUGAUAUUCACUGGCUUGUGGAUGAACAAACACCAACAUGGUCAGCGAUUUGAUCCAGAGCCUGGAGUGCUGGGCAGUAAAGGCUUCACGUGGGGCAAAGUGUAUUGGGAAGUGAAAGUGGACAGGAUAUGGUGGGGAGCGGAGGAGGAAGAAGAAGCAGUGAAAUACAGGGGCGGAACCAGAGGUGUGUUUGGCAGUAGCUAUCUUGGUGGGUUUAUAGGCAUCACUGAUGGGUAUAGUUCUCCUGGAUAUAGAGAUGAGAGUGAGGAGUUGGAGGAGGAAUGGUCUCAGGAAAAUGGAAUAUGGCCAAAAUUCUGCGUGGUAGGGGUGGCAAGAGAGUCAGUGGUGAGAAGAGGAUUUCUUAACUUCACCCCUGAGGAGGGAUUCUGGACUCUACAGCUGUCUUCAGCUGGGGUUUAUAUAUGUACUAGCCCUGAACCCCUCCAGAUCCUGUCCUACUGUCCAAGGCAGAUUGGGGUUGCCCUGGAUUAUGAUGGUGGGAAAGUAACCUUUACCAAUGCCAGAACUGAAGAAUUUAUCUAUGAAUUCUCAUCUUCCUUCACUGGGAGAAUUUUCCCUUUCCUGUGGCUUAAUUGCAUGAGAUCCAGACUUACACUGAGGCCCUGAGAGAAGACCCCAUGGGCACAGCCCUAGGUUUUUUCAUUUAUCCUUUGUUCCUUGACAUCAUUCCCAACUCUCUACGUCAGCUAGACUGUCCUGCUGGGUUCUGAAUGCAGUUAGAUGACUGCAGCGUUAUGGUAGAGUCAAGAGUCUCUUGUCCUCACUGCUUGGUCUCUAAAAUGAGAAUAGUAAUAUUGAUCUGCUUUCUCUACAGGGGAAUGGUUGAAAUGUCUUUAAACCAUUAUUAAACCACUUAUUAAAAUGUGUGUUAUUAUUAACCUUU